UUGUUACCAAUGGCCAACUUCUACAGACGUAAAAAGCAGGAUCCUGUGUUCCUCAAUGCCAAUCCCAUUAAUAGUGGAAAUGCACAGGCCUAUUUGCAUGGCGUGCGCAAGUACUCCAUUGGCUUGGCCGAACGCCUGGACAGUGGCUACCAACCGCCAACAAAUGAUCAAAAGCGGGGCUCGAUAAGCACAAUCGCCUCCAACAAUGCAGAUUUUACACCGAGCGUUUUCUAUCGUAAUAUUGCACCAGUUAAUUGGUUUCUACGCAUAAUUAGUGUAUUGCCUAUUGUACGACGUGGGCCUGGACGUGCUAAAUUUGCUUUAAACUCUGCUGCGUUUGGAUAUUCAGUGGUUUUCUUUGUUCUACUGACUUUUUAUGUCGGCUAUGUGGCCAACAAUCGAAUUCAUAUUGUGCGCUCGCUCAGCGGACCAUUCGAGGAGGCAGUGAUUGCAUAUCUAUUUCUGGUCAAUAUUCUGCCCAUCCUAAUUAUACCAAUACUUUGGUGGGAGGCAAAGAAGAUAGCGCGCCUAUUCAAUGAUUGGGAUGACUUCGAAGUGCUCUACUAUCAAAUAUCUGGACAUAGCUUACCGCUUAAUCUACGCCAAAAGUCAAUGUACAUUGCUAUAAUCUUACCUUUACUGUCGGUGCUAUCCGUAGUCAUUAUACACAUUACCAUGUCGGAUUUGAAUCUCAAUCAAGUGGUUCCCUACUGCAUUCUGGAUAACUUAACCGCUAUGCUUGGCGCUUGGUGGUUCAUUAUCUGCGAGUGCAUCAGCAAUACAGCUUAUCUGCUAGCCGAACGAUUUCAGAAAGCUCUAAAGCAUAUUGGACCUGCUGCUAUGGUAGCUGACUAUCGUAUACUGUGGCUGCGCUUAAGCAAGCUAACAAGAGAUACUGGGAAUGCCACUUGCUAUACUUUUGUAUUUAUGAGUCUUUAUUUGUUUUUCAUUAUAACUCUCUCGAUCUAUGGCCUGCUGUCACAACUUUCUGAAGGAUUUGGCAUCAAGGAUAUUGGAUUAACUAUAACAGCGCUCUGGAAUAUUGGAUUGUUGUUUUAUAUCUGCGACCAGGCUCACUACGCCUCGGUUAAUGUUCGUACUAACUUUCAAAAGAAGCUGCUGAUGGUUGAGCUCAACUGGAUGAAUUCCGAUGCCCAGACGGAAAUUAAUAUGUUUUUACGUGCCACGGAAAUGAAUCCAUCGAAUAUUAAUUGCGGCGGCUUCUUUGAUGUAAAUCGCACUCUCUUCAAGGGAUUGAUCACCACAAUGGUCACCUAUCUGGUAGUGCUGCUGCAGUUCCAGAUUAGCAUACCAACUGAUAAGGGAGAUGGCAGCUCUAACGUUACUGUUGUUGACAUGUUAAUGGAUAGUUUGGGAAACGACAUGACUUUGUUGAGCUCCACUGUAGUACCUUCAUCCAUGGUAACCACAGUGGCAGCUCCAAUAAAUCGCGGGCGUGGUCGUAGUCGUGGCUAAAACGAGUUUAAAGAAAAUCAAAAUAUUUAUCACACACAUUCGAUGCACAAAAGAUUA